AUGUCCAUUUGCAUGCGUGCACUUGCAGCUCGCAACCUCUUGGGACUCGAAGAUAUCAUAACUUUAUCCGUUGUCCACUUUAAUUUUCAAAAGACUAGACCAAAUGAUGACAAUGAUGACCACAAGAGUUGGGUUUUGAUUGACUUAACAACGUCAGCUACUAUGAUAGGAGCCAAUAGCAAGAUAUACCCUACGGAUGGAUGUAUUCCGGAUACUGUGAACCACGUAAAGUUCGUACGGGACUUGUACGAAAAAGUUGACCCUGCUCCUCGUACAUAUUCAGUACCAGUUUUAUGGGGCAAGAAAAAGAGUACCAUCGUGUCAGAAGAGUCUACGGGCAUUUUGCGUACUUUCGAUUCAGCUUUUCGAAACUUGGUGCCAUCCAGUGUACACUUGUACCCAAAAGAAUUGCGAGCCGAGAUUGAUGCUGCCAAUGAUGGUAUUGUUACGGAACUGCCGCAGAGGCUGAGAAAAGGUGUUUGUGGCUUUGACCAAACUGGAGGAGCUGCUGAUAAAGCAGAGAUACCUGGUGGGAAAAGCAGUGACGGAGGCGGAUGUACGUCUGUUUCACACGCUCAUUCGUCUCGUCCAAAGGCUGACAAGAAGCACUUGACGGAUUGUUCGAAUGUGGUCGAGUAUCUGCGCGACCUAUAUCAGAUUCCUGAGCUUAAGAGUAGUGUAAACUGGAGCCAUCUGAAGAUUGGGAUGGAUAACAAGCAUCCUGACGCUAUUGCAGAAGGUUCUUAUGUCGACUUUAAUGUCGUUCAUAAACGUACGCAGUUAGCUUAA